AUGCAGCUCACCUUGCCCGCCGCGGACGCGUCCGUCAAGGUGUCCUCCACCCGCCUCAAGCCGGACGAGGCCUCGGUGGUUCUGCAGGAAGACGGGAACGAAACAAGGGUGGGCGGCAUCAGCAUCCAGAUUAUGGCCGAUGUCGGGGGGCAGCAGCAGCAGCAGAAGCAGCAGCAGAGCACGCUAGACGCCGCGUCGGGGACGGCGAGCACCGCCGGGGGUGGCAGCGCCGCCUCCUCCGGCAAGGUGACGAGGACCCCGGUGCGUCCAGCGGAAGCUAGCGGAGUCAAGCUGGGCCCCCGAAAGAGGCUGGGCGCGACAAGCAUGCUGGGCAAGGUCGGGCCGCGGUCGCUGCUCUCCGUUCCCGCCGCUGCAGUCCCCCUCGGCAACGGCAUCAGAAGCGGUGCGGUAGGACCGGCGGCCGGCACGACGACUUCGGUCCUCGGCGGGAGCGGCGGCGGCGGCGGCAUCAAACGGACGGGACUGGGGGGUGCCGGUAGAGGCGUAGGCGGGGCGCGGCGAUUCCACGCUCCGCGAUCGUCGGGUGCAGCGGCGGUGGUGGCGGCCGGCGCGAACGAGCGGGAGUCGAAGAACCACAAGCUCGGUGGGAGCGAGAAGAGUCUUGCCAGGCGGGUGUCGCCGGGUAGGGGCGGAUCUUUCUCCCGCUCUGCUGGAGCCGGUCAUGGUCGUGACAGCGGCGGCGGCGGCGGCGGUAGCGGCGGUAGCGGCGGUAGCGGUGGUGGUGGUGGUGGUGGUGGUGGAGCGUCGGGGUUGAGUCCGGAAGGGUUGGUGCUGGAGUGGACUGCCGGGGACCCCCCUCAGCCGGUGAUUGCGGGCGCUUCUCUGGCGCGCAGGUUGUACCCCCACCAGCGAGAGGGACUGAAGAUGCUGUGGGAGUGUCUCGCGGGGCGAGGAGGGUAUGAGGGCCGAGGAGCCAUCCUUGCCGACGAGAUGGGCCUCGGCAAGACGGCCACGGCGAUCGCGCUGUGCAUGUGCGUGCUCCGCCACCGCAGGGCGGAGUGCCCGAAGGCGGUCGUCGUCUGCCCUUCCUCGCUCGUCAGGAACUGGGCGAACGAGGUGCAGUCGCGUGGUCCCGGCGGGGGCGCCGUUGCUGUCGACCAGGCCGGGGCCGCGGCGGCGCAGCUCGUGUCGGACUUCAAGAUCGGCGCGGCGGCCCGCUACCCUAUCCUCGUCAUCAGCUAUGAGCUCUACAGGAAUCACGGCAAGGUCAUCAACGCCACGGAGGGCCUGGGGCUCCUCAUCGCGGACGAAGGGCACCGCCUGAAGAACGCCGCGGAGACCAAGACGACGAGAGCACUAAAGGCCUGCCCGGCUGUGAUGCGCCUGGUUCUGACGGGCACUCCCAUGCAGAACGAUCUCGACGAAUUCUUCGCGGUGGCGGACUUCGUCAAUCCCGGCCUACUGGGCAGCCUCAAGAGCUUCCGAUCCAGGUACACCCGCCCGAUCAAGGCCGCUUGGGACCGCGAUGCCAACGAGGAUGCUGCGGAGCUGUCGACCGAGAGAACACGCGAACUCGGAGAGAUGACGGAGAAGUUCGUUCUCCGGAGAACCAAGGACGUCAUCCGGGGGUCCCUCCCCGCGGCCCUGGAGGUGGUGGUCUUCUGCCGCCCGUCCACGCGGCAGCUGUCCCUCUACCAGAGCUGCAUCGCGGGGUCGGCGGGCGCGAGGUCCCUCCUGUACGGCGACGGCGGCGACGCGGAUAGUGAUGAUGCAGAGAGGGGGGGCUCGGGCGGGGGACACGAGGAGGAGGAGGAGGAGGAGGGUGGUGGUGUUGGCAUGAAGCGGCAGCAGCAACGUCGUCGCCCGAUUGGCCUCCAGGGAGUCCUGCCGCUCAUCUCCAAGCUGCGCAGGCUGUGCAACCACCCAGACCUCGUGGAGGAGGACACCAGCGCCGCUGGCGAACUGUCCGACGAGGGAGAAGAGCGGCAAGGCGGCGGCUCGGGCUCCGGCAAGGAGAAUAGCAACACCCCAGAAGAACAUAGCACCGCCGGUCGGGCAGGCGCCAAAGGCGCGUGGAAGGUGCCUCGUGCAAGCGAGGCAGCGGCGGCGGCGGCGGUGAGAGGCGGUGCCAAGGGGCCGGGCAAGGCUUUCGCAUCGACAGCGGCGGCGGCGGCGGCGGAGGCGGCGGCGUUACCGUUGUACGAGACGGAGGCCUCAGGAAAGGUGACGGUGCUGGAGGCGUUGCUGAAGGCCGUCCGGCGAGAGUACCCCGGAGACAAGGUCGUCGUCGCCUCCAACUUCACGUCCGCGUUGGACGUCCUCGAGACGCUGGCGGAGCGAAACUCCUGGGGUUUCCUCAGGUUGGACGGCGGCACGACGACUAACGAGCGGCAGAACCUCGUCGACCGUUUCAACCGCGCCUCGCCGGAAGACUUGUUCCUGUUUUUUCUCUCUGCGAAGGCGGGUGGCGUAGGGCUCAACCUGGUUGGAGCGAACCGUAUCGUUUUGUUCGAUUCGGACUGGAAUCCAGCCACCGACGAUCAGGCGAUGGCUCGAGUGUGGCGGCUGGGCCAGACGAAGGAGGUGUGCAUGUACAGGCUGCUGUCCACGGGGACCUUGGAGGAGAGCAUAUUCCAGCGCCAGAUCUUCAAGGGGGCCCUCUACGACCUCAUCCACGACUCCAACGACGAUCCCUCGAAGGAAAGCGGCGGCAGCGGGGGUGGUGUUGGCAGACAGCGGCGAGGGGGCGGCGAUGAUGGCACCGCGGCGGCGGCGGCGGCGGGCAAAGAAGGGGGCGGGAAAAGCGGCCGGGGUUUCAGCCAGGAGGAGCUCAAGGAGCUGUUUGUUCUCAAGGCGGAGACCAGGAGCGAUACCUACGACAAGCUCCGGCGGGGGCGGGCGGCGGCUACCCCUAGGGCAGCGGGGGCGGCGGGUGUGCGGGAGGGGGGCCGGUACCAGGAAGUUACGCUCGAACGAGAGGUGGGAGCGAGAGGAGACGGGGAAGAAGAUGGUUGGCAAGGACCGACCGCCGCCGCCGCUCCGGUGGUCGACGUCGAAGAACAAGCGUGGGAAGACUACGUGGGGCCGUCGGCAGUGGUGGACAAGGCUCUGCGGCUGGCGCUCCUGGAAGAAGCGACUGGGACACCAUCACAGGUGGGCGGCAGCGGCGGCGGCGGCGGCGGCGGCGUGGGCGGGGUUGUGACUUUUGUGAGGGAGGUAAAGAGGGGCGGGAGGCCAGAGCAGCAGCGGGGUGGUGGUGGUGUCGGGACGGGAGGCGCUUCUCACAGCCAGUUCGCGGCGUUCGAAGGCGCGACAGGAAACGGCUGCGGCAUGGAGGGCAACGAGGCGUAGGUGACAUCAGCACGACCUCAAGAGCUCAACGGUGAAGGCUGCCAGCAAGUGGCGGGCGCUGUCGACCUGCUGCGCUUGGCUUAGAACUGAAAAAACGGGGUGGCGUUGUUGGGGAGGCGUGGUCCUGUCGCAGGUUUGUCAGGAGGACGAACGAAAUGCGCGGAAUCAACUGCACAGUUUUUUCCAGCUCGGUUCGCAAA